AUGAUGCCAUUUGAGAUUGUGGACCGCUGCAUCUAUCUCUACAUGCAGUACACAUUUCCCACUGCUCCGAUCGUACAUGAGCCCACUGUGCGGGAGUACGCAACUGCCUUCUUUUCUAGCGCCAACACGAGGUCAUUCGCCGCACCUACAACCGAAGAGGAGAUCGCGCAUAUCCGAGCUUUUGCCCUUCUAAGUGGAUUGUGUGCGUCGGUCGCGUCGGUAAUACCAAGCUCUCUAUUGCCGUAUCGGCAUUUGAUCGCGAAACCAUGUCUUGAUGCAUCACGCGAAAUGCUGAGAUUGAUUGAGGAUUACGAUGUGGAGAAUCCAAAUUCGUCUUCAAUGGUCACGCGAAUCUUCCAUACCACUGCCUCGCAGAAUAUUACCGGCAAAACGAGGUUGACUUAUCACAUUCUAGGUCAAGCGACGCUGCUCAUCACAAGCAUGCAGCUAUACAGGGAAGACUCACUCCAGUCUCAUGACCCCCUCGAGUGCCAAUUACUCCGCCAUAUCUAUUGGCAAAUAUAUGCAGCGGAUCAGGCAUCAUUAUGUUUGCGAAGUCGCCCAUUCCAUUUACAUGAACUGUUGUAUAACGCCGAGGCAACGAUAUGCAAUCCAGGCAAAAAACCAAUAAUCCCUCAAUUAGAUACUACCACGGCAUGGUACGAUGUGGUGUUUGAGGAGCGUAUGCUGGUUUCCUUCCAUCUUAUUCCGCGUCUUUGGCACACGGCAGCUGGGUUGAUCUUUGAUAUAAGAAAGUGCAAAGGACAAGUAAACGACGCCCACAAGUCACGGUUUUCGCAAGCAUACAUGGCGUUUUUAGGCAUCAUGGACGGCCUUCCAUAUUGGCUACAGGCCUCUCAUGUAAUAUUUUCUCCUAACGAUGGGGCUGCAGCGCAGUUCCACAAGACAGCUUUUUGGGUUCAAAGAUGUACGAUUCAGGUAUCGUUCCAGUGUCUACGCCUAGUCAUUCUACAACAAUGCAUUGACUCCGGACUAUGCGAUAUCAUGGGCUUGAACAACCAGCCCAUGACUUUCCAAAUGACAAAAGUUGGGAUGAUUCAGGAUUUUCUCCAAACUCUGGAUGAUAUCCCAUUUGUCUUUCUGUUGGUGAAAGGCGAGCCGACGGUGAGUAAAGAACCAUUCAGACAUACUAGGAUCGUUUACUAA